AUGAAUCAAGAAAAUUUAAAUGACAACCCCUUAGAAAAUACCUUGGGAAGUGCCACGGCAACUAAACCAGAAAACUCUCUCCUAGGAGCCUUAUCUAAAUGUCUAACUUUUGCUCCUCUUGUGUUAGAACAGUUUACCGGACAAAAAGUUCCCCAAAUGACCGGUACCAUGGCCGAAAUUCAAGGAGCCAUUAAUCAAUUAACUGCCAAUGUACAAGUAGUUAUUAAUAAUCAAAAAGCAAUCGUGGAUAACCAAACUAAGUUGAAUAACCGGUUAGCUAACUUAGAAAAUAAUGCUAAUCAAAAGUUAUUUAAUCUCACUAAUAAAGUGGAUAAAAUUAGCACCGUUAAACUGACCCAUACCCAAGAAAAAAAACAGAUUGAGUUUAAUCCUCAGAAAAAUCUCAAUAGUUUUGAUAAAUCCUUAACCAACCAAGAAUUUGAAUAA